UAUCUGGACGAUACCUCGGUGGAUAAGUUGAAAGCCCAUUUCCCUGAAGCCCGUGACGGGCAGUUGAGGAAGGUCGUUCUUCAGUACGGCCCUUCGGCGUCCGAGCGGGAAAUGUACAGGCACCUGUUCAGCGGCAAGGCCGAAGUCACGGUGACGGGGGACGCCUCAAGCUUUGCGCGGCGCGCUCUGGUUGCCUCCGUAUCUCACGCUGGAAAGAUUGUCGAACCGGCGUCUCUAUCGGCGACGAUCGAUAUCUCGCCUCCUGCCAUCACAGACCCUGAAGCAUCAGCGGUGGCGGAAAACGAUGGUCCGGGACCCCUGGCCAGCGCCGUACUGAUUGAACAGGCCAAGAAGGCCGGGGCGACAAAGGAGGAAAUGUGGGAGGGCACACUUCCACCCAUGUUGGCCCACGACCGUCGAUUCCCAAGUGAACCAGGAGCGUACGUAAGGCUUAAGGAACCCAUAACUGUCUACGGCACUAUUUGCCGCGCCGAUUGGGUCGACGGCGCGUCCAAUGUUUGCCGAGAUACCUUGGAGGGAGGGCAGAAAAGAGAGGAAGAUUGGGAACCUUCGGACUGUUCCAUCUGCGCGUUUUUCUCCGUCAGCCCGUGCAAGGGAAUUUUCGAAAGGUUUGUAGCAACGAGCAAACGUCGGGACGAGUACCUCAAAACGUACGAAACAGAGCAAGAAGCAGAUGACGAGGGAGACGGAAUUUCCGAGGGAGAGGCAGGCACUAUACGAGAAACCCGCGGAAGUACCAGCGAGACGGCGGACGCAAGUGCAACCUCGGUGGAACGAACAAGUACACAAGACGGUACGCGUGCCGGCACUGGGUCGGCGGAGGGGAAGGCAGGAAAGAAACAAAAUCCGGCCGCUGGAAAGGAGGGAAACGUUGCGGCGGUGGGAAACGCUGCUGAAGCAGGCCGGAAGCGGCAGGCGGACCGAGACCUCAUAGAAGAGCAGCUGGAGAAGGAAGCUUUGGUCAUCUUCCAAGAAAUGAAGAAGUGCAUGAUCUACCAUGACCUGUACUGAUUGGAGCCAUCAAGUGCUAAACAGGCUUGGACCUGCGAUGUCCUCACUAAAGGCAUAUUCGGUGCUCCUAGUCUUGGACAGCAUGUUAUAGAUCGCGGAAACAACUGUUGUUUGGAAGUAGAUAUAUGUUGGGUUGGCAAGGACUGCUGUAAAGAUACGAUUUGAUGUUUGUGUCACGGUAUCGAGUGUGCAGAGUGACGCUUGCCGCGAAGAUGGACCACCACGGUUGUCAUCUGAACUCGCUCGUUGGUUGGGUCAUGUUCGGUCGCUGCCCGAAGAGCGGGCUGUAGAUAUCAUUAGCCUCGGAUUUCCAGGAACGUAAAUCUCAGAUCUGAUGGAUCUAAUCUCAACUCAACGUACGAAGUCGGCGUGCCGAGGGUGUCAACUUUGGGUGAUGUCAUCAUAAGCUGCCGCUUCUCAAGCAGACCCAGAGCAAGCCAGGACAUGUUCCGAGUAGACGCGUCGCGGUAGAACCGGCCCUGCACGUUAUUUUCUUCCUAAGCAUACAUCGUAGGCUACUGGGUGCGGCUGUAGACGCCAAAGAAAGCGUCUCAUCGCGUCCAGCACAAUUUAUCUAUCCCGCGCAACUGAAAUGUGAGCGAGUCUUCCCGCUCAUGUAGCUCACGCCGUUGAACCGCGGCCAUCACCCCUAAUACCCAUUACGUGGAUCCACUUGCGGCCACGCGUGAGAUGCUCUAGCGUCAAGUUGUUUCGCAAGGCUGUGGUGUUGCCCCCGGACAUUUCUCAAGGAUACCCCUCCCCCGCCCGUCGUCGCUAGUCUAAACCCCCCAUGGCAGCAGCCUUCCUCUGGUCUCCGUUUCCCCCCGUGAAUCGGCCCCAACGGAGCCGGCGGUAUUACUAUUUCUACCGUUGGCAUUUUGCCCGUGCGCACUGCUGGCGCCAAAACGGGCAGCCACGUUGCCGAGCGACCGUCGGCACGCCCCGAUGGAAUCGCAACAGCUUUGCCACGAAUCUCUUAUACUUGGCCCAGGUUGUUCUUGCUCAUCGGCUGUGGUUGGCAGCGCCGGAGGUGGGUAGGGGACGAAGUUAUGCCUCAGCCCGAUGCUAUCUCGUACCCACCAGUAGCUCUCCAUCUCGAUAUAGAAGGCUGGAGACGGCAUGAGAGGCUUCGUUAGCCCAUAAACGUGCAUCACGCCGACCAGGAUGCCGGAAAGGUGGCCCACGAAGGAGAUGUCCCGCAUGAAGACCGACAACAGCACCAGGAGAACCCAAGGGUACAUCCGCGUGGGCACUCGCAUCAUGCCAAACACCGAGCGCGUGGGCUGCGUCGACCGGUAGCUCUCCAUGAGAGCCAGCGUAAAUAUCACCCCGCUGAAGCCAACGGAGGGCUGGUUGACAUACGUUGGGUCGUGCGUAACCCAC